UCUAGUGCGAGGAGGCAAGGAUGAUGGUCUUCGGCCUGGCCAGGGAGGCUCGUCGGUGUCCCCCUCCUACGGCAGGUCCUUGCUGGUUCCUCCCGACGCCUUGUCCGCCGUCGCCAACCGAAGUCGACUGGGGUUUGAGAGAAGUCCCUUGGGCGCCGCACCGAACCCUGACGGAACAGCUGUGUCACCUCACGACCUUCUGGGCGUCGUCGGCGUGCCUCGCGCUCUCCGCCGCCUCGCCCAGGGCCUGCCAGGGGGCGGCGACCCUCAGGGCUGUCCCUCGCGGCGGCGGCGGCGGGAAGUCCCUCGCGCUGACAGAAGUCCUGCAUUCGCUCUCUGGCCAAAUCGAGCUCUUCUACCUGGCCACGCACGCCGGCCUGCAGAGCCUGCGGUACUUCUGCUGCUUCGCGAUUCAGCCUGGACUGCACCCGGGCCUGCAGGAGGAACUGCUAAGGGCGGUGGAUAAGGCCUACGAGACGCUGGUCGUGGGCGUGUGGCGUUGCUCGAGAGUAAAUGCCCGACUCCAAGCCGCCUACCAGACCUCGCCCGAAAGCUUCCGUGAAAAUGUUCUCACGCCCACGCCCAUUAUCUUCUCGAUCGCCCAGGAUUCUGAAGACGAGGAGGACGGCGAGGGGAUGGAGGAGGACGUGUGCGUGGAUGACGACCCCGACGACAGCAUGUUGGACGACCCCGACGACCCGCCUCCGCCCUCGUCGCUGGGAGACCCGCUGGAGGACGCCAAGACGCACUACCUCCGCCUGAUCGUUGGGGACGGCGUGGGGAAAGGGUGGGGAGGGCGGGGAGGACCUCAGAGCGGAGCAGGGGCCUCGGUGGUGACGACCUCUUCCUCUUUCUCCUCUUCUUUCCCUUCCUCCACCUCCUCCUCCACGUCCCAGCCUCUCGCCCCACGGGUGCUGGUGGGGAGGGAGCCUCUCGAGUGUCCUUCGGGAUUCACGCCUUUCCAGAAACACCAGGAGGCCGCAGAGGAAGAGGAGGAACGCACGAGAGCGCAGGUCGCAGCGCAGGACGACCCCUUCGCGCAGGCCUGCGAUGCGGAGGUAUGGUCCUGCUUCGGUCCGCUGGCCGGCGGGAGGGCCAACCACGCAGCAGGAGGAAGGAGUGGCGGCAGGGCGGAGCAGGCGGAGAAUGGGAGGAACCCGACAAGAGCUUCUUCAGCCCCGAAGGAUGUGGAAGCCCUCCCAGCGCUCACGAGGAUCCGACCUUCGAAGGCCAUGCAACCCACGACGCAGAGACCGACCCACCGCCCCCUUUCCCUCCUCCCGGAGUCCACGCCCCUCUGUGACCCCCGCGCCGCCGCCCGCGCCACCCCGCCCUCCACGACCGGCAGUCACGCGGGGGACUCCAUUCUCAUGCCUCCUGCAGGAGAAUCGUGGACGUCCGCCUUCAGGGUGAUCCAUCCCCGGUCGGACGGCGGUGCCAAACCUGUCGCGAACACGUUUCCGGGCGCUGGCGGACUCGGCGAAGCCACGCCCCCACACGUCGGGGUCCAAGGGCUGUUCGCGGACGGCCUGCACGUGAACUCGGCUUUUUCUCGGGUCCUGCAGGCUGCUCCUCAGUCCGCCCCGCUUUCCCUGCCCUCUAAUCCACCUCUUCCUCGACUCCAGCCUUUGCGAGGACCUCUUCCUCAGGCCGCCAAGACUAACAAGAGGCCCAGAUGUGCUGAUAAGAAGAAUGAGUGCCCAGAGGACGGCAGCGGGGCAGCGUCCACGACCUCAGGCAGAGGAGGACCUGCAGCCGAAGGAGGCCUCGACGGCGUGGGCGGCGAGAAGGCCCCCAAGCGCGCCCGCCGUCGCCUGGAGGACCACGCCGCCCGGAUGCAGCAGCACUUCCUCUCCCUCGUCGACGCCAUCAGCAGCCACUCCCUCGAGCCCCCGGAGACGAAGGGCGCCGGCAGAGGAUCCUCGUCGAAGGCCCGGUUGAAGGACGGGUCUUCGGCGUCGCUCGGGGAGGUUGCCGGCGGGAGCAGCUCGACCCAGAAGGCUGUUAGGAAACCGAGGUUGAGAGCAAGCCAACUCAGGAAGCGGGAUUGAGAGCAAGCCGGUAAAGAAAAUGAGGUUGAGAGCAAGCCGGUAAAGAAAUUGAGGUUGAGAGCAAGCCGGUAAAGAAACAGGUUGAGAGCAAGACAGCUCAGGAAGCGAGACUGAGAAACGGUUGAGAGCAAGUCGGUAAAGAAACUGAGGUUGAGAGCAAGCCAAUUCAGAAACCGAGGUUGAGAGCAAGCCAACUCAGAAAGCAAGAUUGAGAGUAAGCUAAUAUAUAAAAAAGUUGAUUAAUGAGAUUAAGAAAACGAGACUGAAGCCAAGCCAGCUGAAAUGAAAUUAUUUUUAUAUCGAAAAAAAAGAAAAAGAUGCACACAAUCGGAGGGAAAAAAGGUUUUCGCUUUGUCUUGUGAUGAAAUGUUAUGAAAAACAGUUCUGCAGUACUAUGUUAUCUGUUUUGUCCAGACUUUUUUUUUAUUUGUCUGAUGCUUGUUAUGCUUUAAUAUGAAAACAUUUUAUGAAGUUUUAGUAUAUAUAUUGAUGUUAUUUAAGCGUUUACUUUUAGUAUUAAACAUAACAUAGUUA